AUGAUGCUCUUCUCCAGCAGGGAUAUUCUCUGCGUCAGUCGACACCCCGUGUGGAGCAGGGAUAUGUUGUUAGCAAAAAUUAGUGCUCGGACUUUGCUAUGGGUUUUCGUGGGCUCCUUGACUUUCAUCGUUUCCGAUGCUAUCGACAAGGUGCGGAUAGAGGCUCUAGCUUCGAAAGUCUCUGCAGCGGGACGCCGGGUCACUUUCAUGUGCACGGCUUACGAAGGAGACUCAGUUAGGUUUUCGUGGACGAAAAACGGAAAGAUCCUCCAGAACGGCUCCGGAAGAUUCUCGAUGACUGACGCUGGAGGGAGCUCGGUACUGACUAUCACGACUGUCAUCAGUGAAGAUUCCGGUCUUUACACCUGCAUAGCCAGUAACGAAGUUUCAGAGGAUCGGAGCUCAGCGAAUCUGACAGUGGAAGAUCAAAUCGUGUUGGAGCCGAUUCGCGCUCCAGCUUCUACCGUCGUCGGGAAAUCAGCGGCCUUCACUUGUUCGGUCUCUUCGGGAACGAAUGUUUUGUUUUCCUGGAUAAAAGAUGGGAUUUUGCUACGUGAGAGCCCCAGAAUCCAGAUGUUCAAUACGAAGAAGACUUCGCUCCUGAACUUAGAGGAUAUUGAAAUAGCUGACCGAGGAGAAUACACCUGUAUCGCAACGAAUGAAGCCUCUGAGGAUAGAACAAAAAGUCGCCUCGAAGUAGAAGAGAGACUCAAGGUGGGAAACCUGAGUCCGAAGUCUCUGAGGAUCGGUCAGAGUGGCGGAUUCACCUGCUCACUGACCGAGGGCAAGAGAGCGGCGUUUUCAUGGGCAAAGAACGGCCGAAUCGUCGUGGACUCUGAAAGAACGCAAGUUUUCAACGCGAAAAGAUCAUCCACGCUGAGUUUCGAUGAAAUUUCCUCAUCGGACGCAGGAAAUUAUACCUGCAUUGCCAGCAACUCAUUCUCAGAAGACAGAACAACAGCUGCGCUCGUUGUUGAGGUCAACGUCGUGCAGAUGAGCAUCCACGGACCAUCGACGGUGCGAGCUGGGAGGCUUUUUGUCCUCACGUGUACUCUCGUGGAAGGAGACGAUGUCACCAUUUCAUGGUUCAAAGACGGGAAAAUCUUGAAAUCUGGCGAAUCGAUCACCGUGCAGAGUUCUGAAGGGAUGUCGACCCUCAAGAUAUCGAAGGCUUCUAGCCUCGACUCGGGAGUUUACUCUUGCUUGGGGAACAAUCGCUUGGCAGAGGAGCGAGUCAUGAAACAAGUCGUUGUUGAAGAAAUACUCCAAUUGAGCCUGAAUGGCGUUAGCCGGAUAAAAAUUGGCCGCUCUCUGAUCUUGAGCUGCACUCUGCUCGAAGGAGGAAAGGCUAGUUUUUCAUGGUUCAAAGACGGUCGCCUCCUGAGGUCUGACGGAAGAAUCGACAUACAUAACUCGGAGGACAGCUCCGUACUCAGAGUUUCCCGAGUGGAAAGCUCAGACUCGGGACUCCAUGUGUGUUUAGCCAACAACGGCAUUGCGGAGGAGAGAGCAACCAAGGACGUGUUCGUCGAAGAGUCAAUCCAGCUCAGUAUACAGGGACUUGAGAGAAUCAAAGUUGGACGUUCGUUGGUUCUCACCUGUGUCCUGAUAGAAGGCAGAGACGUUUCGUUCUCCUGGUUCAAAGAUGGUCGGAUGCUCUCCCCCGGAGAGCGAGUCACAGUUCAAAACUCGGAAGACAACUCGGUCUUGAAAAUCGUGAGGGCUACCGGCUUGGACUCCGGCUCGUACGCCUGUCUUGCGAACAACGGAGUCCGCGAAGAAAGAAGCGAAAAGAGCGUCCACGUCGAAGGGGACGUCAUUCGAUUGGAGGAGAUGGCGUCGAAGUCCGUGAAAUCCGGGGAUCUCACACGUUUCACAUGCGGUCUACUGCGUGGUCGAGACGUGUCGUUCAGUUGGACUAAGAACGGGAACAUCAUUGUCCAGGAUGAGAGGCUCCGGAUAACUCACGACAUGGAUACCUCGGUUCUGAUCAUCAGGGACUCAGUGGUUCGAGAUGCGGGAAACUAUACCUGCGUUGCGAAGAAUCUUUUCUCCGAAGCUCGUAUGAGCGCGACGCUCGAGGUUGAAGAAUCGAUACAGCUCAGUAUAUUGGGCCUCGACAGAGUCAAAGCGGGGCGCUCCUUGGUUCUCACUUGCGUUUUGAUAGAUGGCAAGGAUGUUUCGUUCUCUUGGUUCAAAGAUGGCCGGAUGUUGAUUCCGGGAGAGCGAGUGACCAUCUUGAACUCGGAAGACAGUUCCGCCCUCAAAGUCCUGAAGGCUACUAGCGAAGACUCCGGCUCGUACGCCUGUCUUGCGAACAACGGGAUCCGUGAAGAAAGAACCACAAAGAAUGUCUACAUUGAAGGGGACACCAUUCGACUGGAAGAGAUGGCCUCGAAAUCCGUGAGAUCUGGAGACCUGACGCGUUUCAUGUGCGGUUUGCUCCGUGGUCAAGACGUCACAUUCAGUUGGUCGAAAAACGGGCAACGCAUAGUUCAGAGCGAGAGGAUCCGUAUGAAUCACGACGCGGAUACUUCAGUUCUGAUUAUCAGGAACUCGAUGGUCAGCGAUGCCGGGAAUUAUACAUGCAUUGCGAAAAAUAUAUUCUCUGAAGCUCGAGUGGGGGCCUUGCUCAAUGUUGAAGAUUUGAUCCGCCUCGAGCCUAUCCCGAGCAAGACGGUACGUUCUGGAACAACCGCUCGGUUCUCGUGUGGGCUCAUUAGCGGAGAAGAUGUCACGUUCACGUGGUCCAAGAACGGAACUACUGUCCUCGAUUCAUUGAGAGUACGCAUUUCUCACGAUAAGGCAACGGACACGUCGACUCUGUUCAUUAAAUCGGUGUCUGCGACUGACGCCGGAAGCUACACUUGCAUAGCGAAGAACCUCUUCUCUGAAGCCCGAGAGACCGCUGCUCUGCGUGUUGAAGAAAUCAUAGAGUUAGAAGCGAUCCCAUCGAAAUCCGUCAAAUCAGGAUCGACUGCUCGCUUCACGUGCGGUCUGAUCCAAGGCGAGCGAGUGAAGUUCACAUGGAUACAGAAUGGAAAUGUCUUGACGAGUAAUGAGAGAAUCCGCAUAAACUCAGAAGAUGACACAAGCAAUUUGGUGAUCCGACGUACGAUACCCCAGGAUGCUGGGAAGUACACCUGCAUUGCGAAGAACUCUUUCUCUGAAAACAGAGUUUCCACCGAGCUUGAGGUGCAAGAAGAUGUGAAACUGGACGAAAUACCUGAUCGAACAGUCGAGAACGGAGAUGCAGUCAGAUUCAUUUGCGGUCUCCGGAGAGGAGACAGCGUGGAAUUCUCGUGGACGCGAGAGGGAUUCCUACUCUCCAAUGGGGGAACGAUCAAAAUUGUCAACGACUUGGAUAGUUCCGUCUUAACAAUCAGAAAAGCGAAUGCAAUCGAUGCUGGCAAAUACACAUGCAUCGCGAAGAACGCGUUUUCGGAAGCACGCGAAAGCACGUUUUUGAGAGUCGAAGAACCGAUCCAGCUCGAGAAUAUCCCCGAUAAAUCUGUGGUAUCGGGUCAAGCGGUGCGGUUCACCUGUGGUUUAUUGAGGGGUGAAAGCGUUGCCUUCUCCUGGAGCCGGAAUGGAAGUCUGAUCUCAAGCAAUGACAGAAUCAAGAUAAGUCUUGACGAAGACAAUUCUGUUUUGACAAUCCGGAAGGCUACCGUCAGCGAUGCUGGUGAAUACACCUGCGUGGCGAAGAACUAUUUCGCAGAGUCUCGUCAGACUACGAUCCUAAAUGUCGAUGAGAUCAUCGUCUUGGACGAAAUCCCGCCUCGGACAAUCGACAGUGGAGAUGUUGUGAGAUUCACCUGCGGAGUUCGGCGGGGUCAUAGUAAUGAAUUUGUGUGGACUCGUAACGGGAGCGUACUCGGAAACGACGACCGGAUUAGGAUAGUGAACGACUUGGACAGCUCUGUUCUCACCAUCAAGGGAGCUACCGCUGCCGAUUCGGGAAACCUGAACUGCAUUGCGAAAAACGAUUUCGCAGAAGCUCGGGAGGUCACAUUUUUGAGAGUCAAAGGUGAUUCGUAG